CCCAACCCCUAGAGAAGAUGAGAGUCCAGAUGCUGGCUGUCCUGCUCCUGUUCGUGUCCCUCCUUUGCGCUGAGGGAAUCCGCGGAGCAUCCCUGGCCGAUGGCUCCGAGUCCCAGCGCACGGAGGAGGGCCUAGGCGAGUCCAAGGUGAUGGUGAAGAGAGAAGCGAGUUUCGCUGGAUGUCGCUUCUGCUGUAACUGCUGUCCUGAUAUGGGAGGCUGUGGGAUCUGCUGCACCUUCUGA